AUGGACUUUGCAAAGCUCAUGUCCGCCCAAAUCAAGAAGGGAAAGGAAGCUGCGACGCCACCAACUUCGCACGACAAAAAGUAUCUCAAGCGCAGCGAGAUCGAGGCGCAAAGACAGGCUGCCUACGAAGCCGAACAGGAAGCGGCAGAGCGGUCGCGGCGGGAGAAGUUCGAGCGCAAACGUAAAGCUGAGGAAGAUGAGGCAGAACGAGAAGAAGAGCGACGGGAGAAGCGGAGGCGGUUAGCAGAGGAGUCGAGGCGCUUGAGAGAGGAAGAAGAGGAUGCCGAGGAAAGGAAGCGAAGAAAGCGGCUGGGUCUGCCUGAUCUGCCACCACGGAAGAAGGAAGGAGAGGAGGACGGCACACCGGUACCAGAAGAUGAGGAUAUUGAGGACGAAGACCUGGUCGCAAAGCUGCGAGCUCUCCAGGAACCAGCGCGACUGUUUGGCGAGACACAUAAGCAACGCUUGCGACGGUACAAGAAGCGUGUCGGAGCGGACAAUCUGGCAGCAAUCACGACCGACGGACCAAUACCCACCACCCUACAACUUGUGCCAGAGAAAGACAUGAAGAUCAACCCUAAGAUACCUACCGAUAAGGAAGGACGAGAGUUCUUAUUCAGACAGCUGGCAAGCUACUUCACCAUGGUCUUGAAGGAGUGGGACGUUACGCUUGCUCGUCGAGACCGGGACGUUAUAGAGAGCUACCAGGGACAGCAAGCAUAUGCCGCCAUGGUGCAAGCGCGCGAGAACAUGCGUCCGCUCUUCAAGAAGAUGGAAAAAUUUGAGCUUCCUGAUAGCAUCUUGGAGCCUGUAGUGGAGAUUGUGCUUGCAGCGCAAGAACGGCGUUAUGUGGACGCGAACGACGGGUACCUCAGACUCAGUAUCGGCAAGGCUGCUUGGCCAAUCGGUGUCACCAUGGUGGGUAUACACGAGCGAAGUGCACGAGAGAAAUUGCAUGAGAGCGACAAGAACGCAGCGCACAUCAUGAGCGAUGAGAUCACGAGGAAGUUCUUGCAGAGUAUCAAGCGAUGCUUGAGCUUUGCGCAAACAAGAUGGCCACCUACGGAUCAAUUGCAGCUCAUGGGAUGA